GUCUGACAACGCGCCCCAACCCCAACCCCAACCCAGCGGUCCCAGUCCCCCCUCCGUUCUCUCUGCACUCUGCAGCUGCCGGUGCCGGCCAUGGCGCGCGCCCCGAGCUCGUGGACGCCGUCCCUCGCCAUGGUGCUCCUCGUCGUGGCCGCCGCGGCCGUGGUCGCGUCGUCGGAGGCGGCCAGGGUGCCCGCCGCCGUCGGCAACUGGACGGGGGAGGAGCUGCGCGGGGCCGCGGCGAGGCGGGGCGGCCGGCGCUCCCGGCGCCGCGCGUUCGAGAACGGCCUCGGCCGGACGCCGCAGAUGGGGUGGAAUAGCUGGAACCACUUCGGCUGCGGGAUCAACGAGAACCUCAUCAAGCAGACAGCUGAUGCGCUGGUCAACACCGGUCUGGCGAAGCUGGGCUACGAGUAUGUCAACAUAGAUGAUUGCUGGGCGGAGUCUGACAGGGACUACCAGGGAAGCUUCGUUGCAAACAGACAAACCUUCCCCUCUGGCAUCAAGGCGCUCGCGGACUACGUGCACGCCAAGGGGCUCAAGCUUGGCAUCUACAGCGAUGCUGGGACACGGACGUGCAGCCAGAAAAUGCCAGGGUCACUUGACCACGAGGAGCAGGACGUGAAGACAUUCUCGUCCUGGGGUAUCGAUUAUCUGAAAUACGACAACUGCAACGACGCCGGCAGGAGCGUCAUGGAGAGGUAUACGAAGAUGAGCAACGCUAUGAAGACGUAUGGGAAGGGCAUCUUCUUCUCGCUGUGCGAAUGGGGGAGGCAAAACCCUGCUACCUGGGCAGGCGGCAUGGGGAACAGCUGGAGAACGACCGAUGAUAUCGCCGACAACUGGGGCAGCAUGACGUCUCGUGCAGACCAGAACGACAGGUGGGCUUCCUACGCCGGACCUGGCGGGUGGAACGAUCCUGACAUGCUUGAGGUGGGCAACGGCGGCAUGUCCGAGGCGGAGUACCGCUCUCACUUCAGCAUCUGGGCGCUCGCCAAGGCUCCGCUUCUGAUCGGGUGCGACGUGCGGGCGAUGAGCCAGCAGACGAUGGGCAUACUCAGCAACUCGGAAGUCAUCGCCGUGAACCAAGAUAGCCAAGGUGCGCAGGGAAAGAAAGUGCAGUCCAGCAAUGGCUUGGAGGUUUGGGCUGGGCCGCUCAGCAACAACAGGAAGGCCGUGGUUCUCUGGAACCGGCAGGGAUACCAGGCAACCAUCACCGCACAGUGGUCGAGCAUCGGGCUCGCUUCUUCCACUGCUGUCACUGCUCGCGAUCUAUGGGCGCACUCGUCGUUCUCGGCUCAAGGCCAGCUAUCAGCUUCGGUGCCACCUCACGACUGCAAGAUGUAUGUCUUGACGCCGAACUAGCUCAGAAGACAAGAGCGGAUUGUUCCAUGGCGCGUGGGAUGCAACCAUUCGGUCAGGAUUCAGGGAAGAAGAGUAUGCAGUGCAGGCAAGGAUUUCAAGAGAAGGAAAUUCGAUAUCAUUUGGUUAUACAGGAUAUGAGUGCGAAUGGAGGAAUAAUUUAUACUAAUACUAUGGAAGUGUAUCUAAGGCGCCGUCAAAAUGCCGGUGCCUGUGUUACUGGAUGUUUGUAACGAGAGUUGCAGCAAUAAAAUUGGCUUGCCCACCACCCUUUUU